AUGAUGUGGUCAUUAAAUAUAGCAUUUUUCAUCCUUACCAUCCUUUCUGAAACACAUUCAUCAGGUGUUGCUAUACAUGAAUUAUUAGAGCAAUAUCUUGGUGUCGCAUGUCAACGAGAAAGGAUAAGUGUACAGUUAACAUUCAACCGGAAAAGACAUCCGGAAAUGACAAAAUCAAUUCGUGAAAUGAUUUGGCGUGGUCGAAUGUGCAUUGGAGAUGAUCAAUCUGGCUCAUGUUGUUCACAACUUAAUAUGAUACAAGAUUAUCAUGUAGUAUUAGUUGGCUAUAGUAAAUGUGGUAUAGAGAAGACAUUCUUUGCUGGUGGCUUCAAUUUUAUUGCUAAGGUUUAUUUCUGGGGUAUUGGUAAUGUAAAUGAGCAAUUUGAGAUACAAUGUGCGGUACCAUUCGUUGAAUCUCACGUUAAAGCAAAAAUGAUAGCAUCUCGUAAACCGAUCCGGUUAUCAUCUAUGGAUUUUGUUAACAUUCAUCAAUCAUCGUUAUCAUCAACGCAACCACUUUCCGUCCGGUUAGGAAGUAAUUUGCAUAUUGCUAUUGAACCAACUCUUGAAGGAAUGCAAAAAAGAUUACACACAUAUCCAUUACGUUGUUGGAUUACCGUUCCUGAAACAGUAACUUCUGCUACUUCUGGCAAACAAUUAGCAAAUUCUGUUGUAGAUUUAGCUCGUAGAUAUUUCAUAGAAGAUGGAUGUCCAUCUACUGAUCAUAAUUCAGUGUUAGCAUUUUUAGAACAAAAAACGGGUACUGAUCGUUAUGCGGAAUGGACUAAAAUAAAAAUUCCAAUUACUCGUAAUUUAAUUAGCUCUUCAUUAUUGAAUGGAUCGGCGGUAAUUGACAACGAUUCCACUGAAUACGGGCGCAUUUCGCUUCAUUGCGAUGUAAUUUUCUGUACAGCUCAUAAAUUAAAUGGCUUUCAAAAUACUCCAACAUGUCCACGAGCAUCGUUCUGUUCAUCAACAUCAAAUGAUAGGCGACAUUUACCAACUUGGAUUGAGCCUUAUUUACAACAAGCAAUAACAGUUAGUUCAAGUUCAACAAUUCGUAUUCUUCUUACAAAUGCUACUGAACCAUCGUUGGAUAAUGACAAUGAUUUAUCAAUUUCUGAUGAAUUAAUUGCUGAAAAUGAUGAUAAUCUUAUCAAUGUUGCAUAUGAUUCAAAAUGUGCUAAAGUAUGUGCUGUAGCAGUUGAGAAAGCACUAAGAAAAGAAGAAGAAUGUCAUUUAGAUGGUAUUCCAUUGUAUGUUGUCAUUAUAAUUGCUGUCAUAUCAUUUGCUUUUGGUGUCGCAUUUGUGGCUACCUUAUGGUUAAUACAUAAUAAGACAGAUCCAUUACGGAAGAUUCGUUGCGCUGAUCGAAAUAGACGUGGUAUGCCAUUAAAUGCAAUUUAUCGAGAUUCAGUUAUUCGACCAUUAAAUAAUGCCAACGCAUUUAUGACCACGUGUAGUGCGUCAAUAGCGGAACGAGAACGUUUGGUCUGUGAUCGACCUUAA